UCUCUUUGCUUCCGAAGUGGACGGGCUUUAACGCGGUUCAGUUUUGCCCUACGGGAUCAUGGCUAAAGGCAGGAGGCACAAGAUGUCCAACAGCAAGCCCAAGGCGGGCAGAGCUGGCGGCCAGGCGGAGGAGGGCGCCGCCGCCGCACCCGAGAGCGCCGAGAAGCGACCCGCCGGCCGGCCCAGGAUCAACGGGGAGAACAUCUUUUCUUGUCAAUCCAAAAUCUACGCCUACAUGAGUCCGAACAAGUCUCCCGUGAUUCGACCGCCGCUCCAGGAAGAAAACUCCACCGCGCAUCACGAGGCAAAAUGCCCGGGCAAAACUGUGAACGAAGGCUGCAGGAAAGGAGAGGACAGAAUCAAUAUUGGCAAUGCCGUAGAAGGGGCAGUGAAAGCUGAAGGCCAGAAUGACAAAGAAAGUGGGGGCGACUCUCCAGGGUCCUUUUCGAACCCGAAGCAAGAAGCCACGGAAACUCGGAAACUCCCCCCCGCCGAGGCUGCCGUUGCAGUGAACGCAAAACCAACACUGAAGAAGGGAACAAAAAUGAAACCGGGUCCUAAGAGAAAAGUUCAAGGGAAGACGCAACCGAAUCGGAAGGUGACAGAUUAUUACCCUGUUAGAAGAAGUUCUCGAAAGAGCAAAAAAGAGUUGCAGAUAGAGGAGAAGAAGCAAAUGGAUGAGUUAAUAGAAAGCGGGAAAGAGGAAGGCAUGAAGAUCGACUUCAUUGACGGCAAAGGGCGAGGGGUCAUCGCCACCAGACAUUUUAACCGGGGAGAGUUUGUGGUCGAGUAUCAUGGGGAUCUCAUAGAGAUCACGGACGCCAAGAAGCGAGAAGCGUUGUACGCCCAAGACCCAUCCACUGGCUGCUAUAUGUACUAUUUUCAGUACCUAAGCAAAACGUACUGUACGAAAGAGACCCAUCGCCUGGGGAGGCUGAUCAAUCACAGCAAAUGCGGGAACUGCCAGACGAAGCUCCACGACAUCGACGGCACUCCGCACCUCAUCCUGGUGGCCUUGCGUGACAUCAAGGCCGGCGAAGAACUCUUGUACGACUACGGAGACCGGAGCAAAGCCUCCAUCGAAGCUCACCCGUGGCUAAAACACUAGCUCGUCUUGUUCUGGAAAGAGCCUUCCCCCCCCCCCUCCGCGGGGAAUUUUACCUGCUUUGUUUACAGCGCUCCUUGCGGAGACACUUCCAGGGUCUACUCCGUAAUUAUUUAAGAUGUCUGUCACGAGGUUGCUUCAUCCACCACUCCACUCCUGGGCAGGCUCGAGAUGGACUUCUGGCUGCGUUUCUGUAUUGGGCUUGUCGGGAUUUCACACCCCACACCCCCACCCCGGAUUUUUUUACAUGUAGACAGAUGAAUUGAUCAGUUUCCUGAUUGCGGCUGUUGGGAUCAGUGCAGAAUUCUGUAGCGGGAACGCAGCUGUUUGGGUCGGGCCCCCUUCUGCUCAGACAAGGGGAAAAUGUCACUUGACGUGAGCGCCCACAACGUGUGGCGGACACUGGCAAUCCCCGCUGAUAGUCAGCAAAUGGGUAUCUGUUUCAUGUCCAGGAAUGCGGUACUGAGCAGGAGUGCAAAACCCUGCUGUGGAAUUAGGCUGCCCUGUUUGCAGCCUCUGAAAGGGGGUACCUUUUUGGGGGUGGAGGGGACAUGGAUAAAAGGGGUGAACUGUUUUGCCCUGCUUUCUGGUGCUGGAGAAACUCUUUCCCCCUGCUUCCCAGGUGCCAGGGCAGGCUGUGUAUCACUCUCCCUCCGUUUCUGCCUUGCGGCGGUGCCGUCUGGCCAGUGGGACUGAGCGAAUGGGUGAAGUCCAAACGGGGCGAGGACGAUGCUAGCUUAUGAGCACGGGAGAGGGGAAGGCAGCAGCCCAAAAGGCAACUAAGGGGGGAGCCGCUUCCCUGAAGCUGGGCCUUUCCAAAAGCCCACGUCAAGCCUGGCUCCAGAUUUUUGGUCCCGCCUCCGGCUGCCAUGCCGGGGUGGCUCCUGUCAUUCCCAAGGGUUUCUCUGGCUUUUCGGAUGCUCGUGAGGUUCACCUGGGACUGUCAGUGUCUGCGUUGAUGCUCACCGUCUCGCUUCCCAACAGCAAGGGAUGGCAGAUCAUCCAAGGGGUCUACUUCUGGCCAGCGUGUACCUGUGCCUCGGGGGCGGGCAGCUAGAUAGAGGGAGGGGGCCGAACCCCGGCACAGACGACAGGUGAAAGCAAGUAACCUGCGCCUAAAUUGCCUCUCCUGUCGCCGUGGCCGCAGAGCCUGCUCCCUAAUCUCCCCUACCCCUUUGCUGGCAGUGUUUCGAGAGAGGCCAUUCGGCUAGGUGGGACCAAGUGUCGCCUAACGGGUGGACCCCCGUUUGGACAUCUCCUUGACCUGCUGGUUAUCCAUUCUCUUGUAAGCCUGGCACGGAGGCGGCCUGGGGUUCGACCGAGCUGUAGGACAAAAGGAAAACUUGGUGUGGAGGGGGGGGAUGGCAAGUGGGCCCUAGAGGGCCCGUUCCAGUUGCUGCCUGCCAUGUGUGCCACCCUGGCAGGGCUGUUGUGUGGAGACUUCCUUUCUGAGACCCAUGAAUACCACCCACUGUGAAAUGCUUGCACUGAGGAAUGAAGCAGGAGCAUUGUGGGUCUCGGGGGGGGGGGGGUGGAGAACCACACAGAGGGGUUGUUGCACUAGCCAGGGCCCCGUCUCGGUGAGGCCACCGUUUGGUUCCGGCCGUGGCCAGAUGGCGGGAAGCGCCCGGCUCCUUUUUCGACGUGACUUUUCCUGCCGAUGCCUUCCAGCGCCAAAGUCUUGCCCGUUCUACCAAUAGAAGCCGCCCAGUUUGGCUGCUAUUUUUUUUAAAAAAAGAUGUGAACUCCUCUCCAGAGAUGGCUGGAUUUUCUUUUUCUUUUAACGAACGGCAUUUGAUCCACGUCGUAAUGUGAAGCUGUGCGACAACAACGCAGUGGAGGGAAUCUGCUGCUUCUCUCUCAUCGAGGAAGGAACUGUGGAAGACGCCGAUGUUUUCCACGGGGUUGUGGGCGGGCACUGGGGGAAGCUUCGUAAGGAACGAGCUUGUCACAAAAACCAGCCUUCCGGUCUUCAUUGGACCUGGUACAACUAUGAAAUCGCUGCUGGUGCCGUGUCCUCAUAACCAGGAAUUCAUCUCCCUCCCCCUAUGUGUGACCGAUGCAAGCUCCUGGCAUUGAUUCGGUGCGUCCCGGCAGCAGAGGCCGUCUGGAGGGCGUGUUUCUUAAGCUGGCUUUAAGCACUCUUCGAUCUACAUCAAGUUAGGAAGGAAUCCGGCACCUUUUGAGGGAAAGAAGGGCCUGGCUUAACACGCAGUUCCAGGGCCUGCUGCUGGCAAAAACAUGUCUUGGAUUGGGGGAACGCACUCUGUCCAUGUUCCUUUUUUGGCAAAGGUGAACUUGCUGUGUUUGGGCCGUAGGCCCGAACCUGUUUAGCCUGCCGUCCCCAUCACAUGGCAGCCAGUGAGGGGACGUGGCGGUUGGUGGCUUCGUAUAUCCCAGCGGGAGAUCUCCAGUUUUAUUGGACACAUGGAGGUGAGGGGUGGGGUGCACUUCGGCUAUAGUAAGGGAAAUAGUGGGUCUUUCCUUCCGAAAAUCUCUCUCUGACC